CGCACCCCCGCCAGACACACAUACACACUCUCUCCAGCCCCCUCCCCGGGCACAUCCAGGCGUGAGCUGCUUGCGCUCUCCCUCUCUCUCUCCCUCUCUCUCUCCCUCUCCCUCUCUCUCUCUCCCUCUGUCUCUCUCUCUAUCACACACACACAUACACACACACACACACACACACACACACACACACACUCACUCACUCACUCACUCACUCACUCACACACACAUACACCCUGGGCUGAGCUCUUCUUGCUGGCUGCAGCCGUGGGCCCCUGCUCACCGUGCCGCUGCCGCUGCCUGCGAAAUGACGGCGGUUCCCCUCACUUCCAGGAAUCCACGCUUCCUGGAAGGUGAGUGGCUGGGCUCACCCCUGCCUGCCACCGAGACGCAGACAUGCACACACCGCCCGCACUCCCUCGCCGUUUCCAAGGCGGCGGCCGCGUUCGCACCCCAGGGUCUCACCGGCAAGGGAAGGAUAAUCUGGAGAGGGAUCCCUCAGGAGGGUGUGUUCCGGAUUUCUUGCCUCAGGCCCAAGACUCCAACCAUUUUAUAAUGGAAUCUUUAUUUUGUGAAAGUAGCGGGGACUCAUCUCUGGAGAAGGAGUUCCUCGGGGCCCCAGUGGGGCCCUCAGUGAGCACCCCCAACAGCCAGCACUCUUCUCCCAGCCGCUCACUCAGUGCCAACUCCAUCAAGGUGGAGAUGUACAGCGAUGAGGAGUCGAGCAGACUGCUGGGGCCGGAUGAGCGGCUCUUGGAAAAGGAUGACAGUGUGAUCGUGGAAGACUCAUUGUCGGAGCCGCUGGGCUACUGUGAUGGAAGCGGGCCAGAGCCUCACUCCCCUGGUGGCAUCCGGCUGCCCAAUGGCAAGCUCAAAUGUGACGUCUGCGGCAUGGUCUGCAUCGGCCCCAACGUGCUCAUGGUGCACAAGCGCAGCCACACGGGGGAAAGACCCUUCCACUGCAACCAGUGCGGUGCCUCCUUCACCCAGAAGGGCAACCUGCUGCGCCACAUCAAGCUGCACUCUGGGGAGAAGCCCUUCAAGUGUCCCUUCUGCAACUACGCCUGCCGUCGGCGUGAUGCACUCACUGGCCACCUCCGCACACACUCAGUCUCCUCUCCCACGGUGGGCAAGCCCUACAAGUGUAACUACUGCGGCCGGAGCUACAAACAGCAGAGCACCCUGGAGGAGCACAAGGAGCGGUGCCACAACUACCUGCAGAGUCUCAGCACUGAAGCCCAAGCGCUGGCCGGCCAAUCAGGUGAUGAGAUACGGGACCUGGAGAUGGUGCCAGACUCCAUGCUGCACUCAUCCUCUGAGAGGCCAACUUUCAUUGAUCGUCUGGCCAACAGCCUCACGAAACGCAAGCGUUCCACCCCUCAGAAGUUCGUAGGCGAAAAGCAGAUGCGAUUCAGCCUCUCGGACCUCCCCUACGAUGUGAACUCGGGCGGCUAUGAGAAGGAUGUGGAGUUGGUGGCACACCACGGCCUGGAGCCUGGCUUUGGAGGUUCUCUGGCCUUUGUAGGGGCAGAGCAUCUGCGUCCCCUCCGCCUUCCACCUACUAAUUGUAUCUCGGAACUCACGCCCGUCAUCAGCUCUGUCUACACUCAGAUGCAGCCCCUCCCCAGUCGACUGGAGCUUCCAGGGUCCCGAGAAGCAGGUGAGGGACCCGAGGACCUGGCUGAUGGGGGUCCCCUCCUCUACCGGGCCCGAGGCCCCCUGACUGACCCUGGGGCAUCCCCCAGCAAUGGCUGCCAGGACUCCACAGAUACAGAGAGCAACCAUGAAGAUCGGGUUGGGGGGGUGGUAUCCCUCCCUCAGGGUCCCCCACCCCAGCCACCGCCCACCAUUGUGGUGGGCCGGCCCAGUCCCGCCUACGCCAAAGAGGACCCCAAGCCACAGGAGGGGUUACUGUGGGGCACCCCAGGCCCCUCCAAGGAAGUGCUUCGGGUGGUGGGUGAGAGCGGGGAGCCAGUGAAGGCCUUCAAAUGUGAGCACUGCCGCAUCCUCUUCCUGGACCAUGUCAUGUUCACCAUCCACAUGGGCUGCCAUGGCUUCAGAGACCCUUUUGAGUGCAACAUCUGUGGUUACCACAGCCAGGACCGGUACGAAUUCUCUUCCCACAUCGUCCGGGGGGAGCACAAGGUGGGCUAGCGACCUACUGCCCCCGCCCCACUCAGCCCACCACUCCACUGCCCGAGCUGCAGGAGUCUAGCCCUGUCCCCACCACAUCCCAAGCUGUUUGGUUGUGUAGCCCUCACCACUGGCUACAGGACGUCACACUUGACCCUGACCCCUCCCCACUACGCUCCUCCUCUUCCCUGACUGAUCUAAGCGUUGUGAUGAAAUAGGUCUUUUGCUUAUUUUUCUACUUUUUCUCUUCUCCUCUCAUCCCACCAUCUCACUGAGUUAUUUAUUAAUAUAAUUUGUUGAUUUUUCUCUUGCUUUUUUUUUCUCUUUUUUUUUUUUUACCUUAUAGUGGUUACUUACCACUUACUACUCCCCAACCCUCCUGCCCACCGUCCCCUUCCACUUUAGGCCUCAUUUUUCUCUUGGAUCCAGCUUCCUCCAGCAGCCCCAGGGGUAGGAGGCUCCUCUCAGUGCUAAGAGACCUUGAGCUUCUUGAGUUAAGUCCUCACCUUUUACAUUAUCCGAUUCUUCAGUUUUGAUGCUGGUAGCUCCCUCUGGCCCUACCUUAGCUCUGUGGCAUUAUAUCUCCUCUCUGGGACCCUUCAAACUGGUACUUCAUACCUCUCGUGCCCUCUCACUUUAGGCAGCUUGCACUAUUUCUGAACGAAUGAAGAAAUCCCUCACUUGGAAGUAGGAGGGGCUGGAGAAAAUCUCCCCAGGCACCGUGGGACCUAGGGUCCUGUUGACAGACCCCUGGUAAUAUGAGUUCCCCAAAGCCUGUAUUCGGGAUCUGUCUUCUCUCCUCAGACAACCCCCAGCGCUGCUCUACUCUCUUCAGCCUGCCAGUCUACUCUGGUGGUUUUUCUCUCCUUGGAAUGCCCCAAUUUUAUAUUCUCAGGGGCCAAGGCUAGGUCAGCAAUCCUGUCUCUGACACAUUGGGAGCCACAGGUGCCUAACUGGGAACCAGGGAAGGGGGUGGGUCAAAAUCUUUCUCUUUCUCUUCCACCUCUCAACUUUCUUCACUCUAGUGACCUUCCUGGGCUCUCGGGGGCUCCGGGUGUCCCUGUCCUCUGAGAAGCUGGUGGGUUGCUGCCUGAUGACAAGGGGGUAGUAUCCUCAGCCCCCCAGUCAUGCUGCCUUCUUCUCCCCCUGGUAGGAUUCACCCUCUCAUUCCCGGGCUCCUGGCCCUGUUCUUAGGAUCAGUGGCAGGGAGAAAAGGAUGUGUCUUUUCUCUCUUCUAAUUUUCAGUGUAACCAAAAAUUAUCCCAGGAUAAACAAGGGCACGUGGCCCUCACCCCAUUCCACUCCUGUCCCAGCAAGAAUGGGAUGGGUGCAACUGAAUUGGGGGCCUUCCUUUACUGCCCCCUCUACAGUCAGCUCCCAGACGUAGGGCAGGAGGGGGGCACUCUCCUGGCUGCUGCAGAGACCCCUGGCUAUUUGGGUCACCUAGAGAAAGGGGCAGGAGGAGAUACAGCUCCAUUGCAAGUGGAGGUCUCUUUCUACAAGAGUUCCCUGCCCAAGGCCACAGCCAUCCCAUUCUCUGCUUCCUUGAGAUUCAAACCAAAGCCUGUUUUUCUAUAUUUAAAGAAAAAAAAAGUAAAACCAAACACAACACCUCACAAGUUGUAACACUUGGUCCUUCUCUCUCUCUCUCCCUCUCUCCUUCUCUCUUCCCUUCCAUCUUUCUUUCCACAUGUCCUUUCCUUAUUGGCUCUUUUGCCUCCUACUUUUCUCACUCCCUAUCAGGGAUAAUUUAGGGGGAUGGUAAAGGGUUGGCUAAGGAACAGACCCUGGGAUUGGGGCUCUUAAGGGCUCUAAGAGAGUCUACCUUACCCUCUUCUGGGAAAGGUGACCCUAAAAACCUUCUCUUCUUCCUCCUUUUCUCCCCCAUUAUGCGGUCUCCCCAGGAGAACCAGAUUGCCAGGGAGGGGCACUGUGGGUUGGUUGUUCCUCCUUGACAAUGUAGCAAUAAACAGAUGCUGCCAAGGGCAGAGGAUGGGGGAGUCCGCUGGGAGGAGAGUGGUCUCCGGGGAAGGGGAGAGUCUCCAGAGCACCCCAGCGAACUGGCUCCUUGUUUCAGAAUGGCAGCAGAGCUGAGAUUAGUAUCUGGGGUUCCCCUCAACUGUUCUGGUUAUUGAGCCCCUUCCCGACUGACGUGCCCCCACCACCUCUUCUACGUCUGCUGUGUAUUUGGUGGCACCUCAUUAGGACUAUUCCCUCCUGGGGCAUCAGAGCCUUAGGGUGCCCCGCCCCCUCCCCAGUCAGUUUUGGCACCUGUAGCCUCCUGGAACAUGAAGGACUAUGCUCUGAGGCCAUACUCUGAGCCCAUGAGAGCAGAGACUGGAAGGGCAAGCCCAGGUGCUAAGGAGGGGAGAGAAGGGCACUCUGUCUCUCUCCAGACCAUCACUGCACUUUAACCAGGGUCUUAGGUACAAAAUCCUACUUUCCAGAGCCUUCCAGCUCUGGAACUUCAAACAUCCUCAUGCUCUCUCCCAGCCCUUUUUGCAUAAAAAAAAAAGUAAAUAAAAAAAAAAUACGUUGAAACCCACAUGGAGAAAAGAGGUGUUUUUCUUUUAUACUGAUAUUUAAAAUCAACACCACACAAGAAAAUUUCUAAAUAGAUGCUUUUCCAGACCUUUGUUUUUUCUUGUCAGUAUCCAAGCUGCAGAUGGGAUUUUGUAAUACUUCUGGCAGCUUCUUUCCUUGUGUACAUAAUAUAUAUAUAAUAUAUAUAUAUAUAUUAUAUAUAUUUUUAAUCAGAAGUUAUGAAGAACAAAAAGAAAAACUAAAACAGAAGCAAGUGCAAUACCACCUCUUCUCUCUCCCAGGGUUUCAUUUGUAGCCUAUGCUUGGUGUCUCCUUGGAUUUACCCCUUCACCUCUUCCUCUGGUUCCCCUCUCCUCCUCUUUUUUUUUUUUUUUUUAAAGAGUUUUUCUCCUUUCUCAAGAGGAGUUAAACUAGCUUUUGAGACUUAUUGCAAAGCAUUUUGUAUAUGUAAUAUAUUGUAAGUAAAUAUUUGUGUAACGGAGAUAUACUACUGUAAGUUUUGUACUGUACUGGCUGAAGGUCUGUUAUAAAUAAACAUGAGUAAUUUAACACC